GGCUCGGUGGGCUGGCUGGCAGUGGCCAUAGGAAAUGAAACGAAGAGAAAGAUGAGGUUAGCUCAUCUAUUCUCAGCUCAACUAUGAUAUCGAUUGGUCCACUAAUCUGACUUUGGAAUCCGCAUCUUGUUGGACUAAAUUAUAUUCUUCCUUUUCUUUCUCUCGCAAAGCUCCACCGGUGCUGCGCUUAUGUCUUAAAGAUGAGAUAAGGACUAAUUGAUUGACUAUCAGAAAGUUAUUCUGUCUUGUACAGAUUGUCCUUCUUCAAAGGGGAUCUUGACGAAGAGUGCUUUUUCAAUCUCUUCACAGCGGUCGCUUCGCCGUCGAGCCUACUCCAAUCAUGACGGAAAGCCCUUCUUCGGUCCCUAACAAGGGACCGACUUUUUUACUUGUGACGGGUAUUAUGUGUGCUAUUGCUGGGAUACUCGUCAUCUACAGACUUCUUCAUGGAUAUAUACUACGAAAAAACAUAUACACUGAUGAUUUUAUGAUAGCGGCAUCAAUGUGUGUAAUGUUAGUGACUACCGUCGUUGGUGAUCUUGCAAAUAAUUACGGAUUUGGACGGCACAAAAAAGAUGUCGUUCCGACGGGCGGUAAUCCUGUUUUGGCUCUAAAAUUUUUCUGGGUUUUCCAAGUCACAUACAAGCUUGUUCUUGGCCUGACUAAACUCUCUUUCCUGACAUUCUAUUUACGCAUCUUCCCGAGCAAGCGGUUUCACCUGAUCUGCCAUAUUACUAUGGGAGUCAUUAUCGGAGGGGUUAUUGGGUUUGUCUUUGCGACCAUUUUUCAAUGCAUUCCAGUGAAGGGGUCAUGGGAGAAACACAUAGGUGCCACGUGUAUCAACAAUGCCUGGUUUCGCUGGUGGUGGGCAGGCUAUAACACUGCGACGGACAUUUGGAUUUGCCUGCUGCCAAUGCCCCUCCUAGCUAGAUUGCAGCUCAAUUUGGUGCGUAAGGUUGGCGUUAUGCUCAUGUUUGCUCUGGGUCUUUUCGUUUGCGUCACCAGUAUCAUACGUAUCAACGCCCUUGUGCAGAGCGUUGCUACUGACGACCCGACAUGGGGCUCGUGGGAAGCACUAUUAUGGAGUGCCAUUGAGGCCAACUGCGGUAUCAUCUGCGCCUGUCUGCCUUUCCUCAAACAUCCGCUUAAGCAGCUCGUUCCCAAACUAUUCACCUCCAUCACUAGCAAGGGAACUCGCAGUCGACCCACCUACAACUACAAGCUUAGUGCUUUGUCAAGCCGUGGCCACCACGGUUAUCAACAAACAGACGACCUGGGAAAUUUAGCCAUGUCGUCCAAGGGUAUGGGAAGCCAAGAUCCUAUCAACACUAUUGGUCCAGGCCAGGUCAUGGUGAAAACUGAUAUCUCGCUCCGGACGGAACCAGUACACAACGAUGAAGCUCAUGAAAUCCCUGGGCAUGCGGUGUAACAAAGUUCUGUGUUUUGUUUUCUUUUUGAACAAGCUGUGACGAUCUACUUGAAAUGGCGAAAAGGGAUUUACCUUUUAUGGAGUUGUCGGAUUGGUUUUACUUUUUUUUCUCUUCUUAACUUUUGGCGCCUCAUUUUUUGGCCAUGAGGAUAGAACUCGAUUUCCGACAUUCUUUGUAAAUUAUUAUAUUUUAUCUAGCCACUUACUAUCCCGUAGUACAUAAUAUCUCACAUUAUUGAACAAAAGUCAUUCUUUUUGCCCCUCGAUCUCUAAGAUAACGUAAUCAGAG